GAGUGAAGGGUCAGUAGUGUUUGUAGCUGUAUAUGUAGAUGAUGUCCUUUUCACUGGUACCCAUCUGCAAGAAAUUGAGUCCCUGAAAACCUUUCUACAUGAUACUUUUAAGAUAAAGGACCUAGGGAGACUUCAUUACUUCCUAGGGAUAGAAGUUCAAUAUACAGAGCAAGGGGUCCUGAUGUCACAAAAGAAAUUCACUCUUGACCUUCUGAGAGAGUUUGGUUGUAUAGAUUUCCCAUCUAUGACCUGUCCUAUGGAUCCCUCAGUGAAACUGAAAGCUGAUGAGGGAGCUCCACUAGCUGAUCCCUCCUAUUAUAGGAAGCUGAUUGGUAAACUUAACUUUCUCGCUAAUACUAGGUUGGAUAUUGCAUAUAGUGUACAACAUCUCAGUCAGUUCAUGCAGAGUCCCAGGAAACCCCAUUUAAAGGCAGCAUAUUAUGUCCUAAGAUACUUAAAAGGUGCCCCAUCUUUGGGCAUUUUCCUCAGCAACACUGCAGAUUAUGGUGUGAAGGCAUUCUGUGAUUCAGACUGGGCUACUUGCUCUCAAUCAAGGAAAUCAGUCAGUGGGUACAUUGUGCUACUUGGUAAUAGCCCUAUCAGCUGGAAGUCUAGGAAGCAGUCUACUGUUUCAUAA